GUUUUUAUUUGGCGUCUUAUCGGUACCUUUCUGUUAUCAGUGAAUUUUCAUGCAUUUUUAUGGCUUUCUGCUGAAGUUUUCCCCCCUGUCUUCUUUCAUCCGAGUUUUCUUUUGUGUCAGCUCUGUAGCCUCUUCAUCAACAGCUUUUACAGCCUUGGAAUGAGAUUAGUCAUUUUGUUACGGUCAUAAAAUAUCGGAAAAAUUCAAGGACUCGUCACCUUGUGUGUUUGUUUACUUACUCACCGUCCUCACUUCGCCACCAUGUCCCGUUGAAACUUAGAAAGCUCAAGUGAAUCCCGAAGUCCGAGGAUUUAUACGUGGAAAAUUCACUCGUUUCUGCUUACUCGACGUUCUAAAUCUCUUGUGAUUCAUAGCUCAACCUAAAUGAAGACUCCAAUAUGGCCUACGUCCGUCCUUCACACGCCAAGAACCAUGACACAAGCUCAAGCAAGCAGUCAACCCUUCCAGAACACAAUCGCUCAACUGGAUUUCCUCCGACUCAGAUCGUCAUUCAGUUUGCAGCCGACAUAAAAACGUUGACCAUCAAAUGGGUUCUGCAGAAAAUUCGAGGCUUGAGGAGGGAAGGAGGUGCUGAAUGUUUAGUUCGUCGGCACCCCUUCUCUGAAAAUGAGGCUGAGCUCUUCGUCCACGUUGCUGCAACUUGUAAUCUCCUACUUGAAGUAGCCGAAGAAUUGGAAAUCAGAAAAAGAGAUAAACGAGGUAUUCUCAGGCAUUUUGUUGUUAAAGAACUGGAGGAGUUUCUGCUGUAUGAUGGACCAGUUGAGGACAUUUUUACCAGUGCUGAGAAACAAAGUAUUGUCCGCUACGAACUUGAAAAUAUCAGAGCGCUUGCAGAGGAGUCCUAUUUACCAGGGUAUCCUCAUUUAAAGUUUUAUGAGGGACAGUCGAUCAUCAGUGCUCUUCUUCAUUGGGGACUUAUCAUCCAAGUUUUUCCUCUUCAUGAUGAAGAAAAUGUCCGAAAACUUGGAACACAGUGGUACCUAGCUCCUUUUGGUCAUCAGCCGUUCAAUGAAAUAAAGUUGUACUUUGGAGAAUCUGUUGCUCUCUACUUUCACUUUUUAGGAUUUUACACCACUGCACUUGUGCUACCGAUGGUUUUUGGCUUUUACCAAUUAUUGCUGUCUCCGGAGAUGCUCGCAUUUUUUUGCGUUUUCAACGUCCUGUGGGCCACUGGAUUUUUAGAGAUGUGGAGAAGGAAGUGUUCAGAAUUGGCAUACCAGUGGGGGACAAUUAGUCUGACAAGUUUAGAUGAUGAACCUAGGCCCAAUUUCCAGGGUCAAAUGGCAAUUGAUCAUAUCACAGGCCGCUUUCAGCCUCAGUAUCCGAGAUGGAAAACCAAUGCAAAGGGAGUAGAAUAUCCAGAUUCCUCUCUAUCUAGAUCAGAGGUUUCCUGGCAGAUGUACUGCGUAUCUUUUCCUCUGGUGAUUCUUUGUAUGUGUGGUGCAUUCAUUGUCAUGCUAGUUUCAUUUUGGUGUGAGGAAUCGGUCCGUUAUAUGAAUCAUUCUCAUCCAUUAGCGAUUUACGUUCCAAGUACGAUUUAUGCCGCUCUUGUCUAUAUCAUGAACAAGUACUACAGAACUCUGGCGAAUUUCCUGACUGAAUGGGAAAACCAUCGCACGCAAGCGCAGUUUGAUCGGCACCGUGUUACCAAACUAGUCCUUUUUGAAUUUGUAAAUAAUUUUAUGUCUCUUUUUUAUGUUGCAUUUUAUAUGAAAGACUUGGAGCUCCUGCGAACGCAAUUGGCAACUAUGUUAAUAAUAUUUCAAGCCAUAAACAACGUACAAGAAUCAAUACUUCCAUUUGCUUUUCGCUGUUAUUGGUUGAAGUUUGGAAACCUUGUGAAAUUUAAACGGAAGCAAAAAUUAAAAAGGUCGGUGCAUGAAGACCACGUAAAUCUACUUAAUCCAAAAGGAGGUGAUGAGGGGAAUGAAGAUCUCGACAUUCACAUCAAUUUGGACAUUCCAGAGCUUGAACCCGAAGAUAGCAGAAUUGAUCAGGCUCGCCGGGAGAGUUCAAUGGACCCAUAUGAGGGAACGUACGAUGACUACUUGGAAUUGUUCAUACAGUUUGGCUAUGUUACUCUGUUUGCUGCUGUUUAUCCUAUGGCAGCGUUUUGGGCUGUGGUGAACAAUCUCUUUGAAAUUAGAUCUGAUGCAUUUAAGCUUUGCCGCAUUUACCAAAGACCCUUAUCAAGAAGGGUCAAGGAUAUAGGAGCUUGGCAACGUGCAUUUGAAGUCCUUUGUACCAUUUCUGUGAUGACUAACUGUGCCCUGUUGUAUAUUUCUCCGUCCAUGUCCAAUUGGAGGUCCAGUCUUAGUUCUUUCGAAUGGUGUCUUGUCUGCAUCGGACUAGAACAUUUGCUGUUCGCAAUCCGGCAAGUUAUGAGUCUAGUCAUUCCAGAUAAGCCCCAGUGGGUUCGAGAAGCUCUCGCGAAGUUUAAUUUCCAAUCCAGACAAGCUCUCAAAAAUCAGCGACGAUCAACUUCUAUUAAAGAGCAAUGAAGGCAACCACAUCACAAAUUUAAUAUGUGGACUGGACAGAAUCCAAGUUAUAAAACUGAACAUCAAUGUCACAAUUUUGCUUUUAUCUCUAAUUAUAAAAUUUACCAUACUUUUUUUAUUCACUUUUUAUCACAUGACUCAUCUAAAUGUGUGCCUUGUACGUGUUGUAUUUUACUGAUUUUUAAUUUAUUGAUGAUUUUCUAAAAAGCUUGUCGCUAAUUGUUUCAUGAGUUGUGAUAGCUUUAGACUUACAUAUUUUGUUUCAAGUUAUUUAGUGCUUCAAAGUUUUUUGUGUUUGUUUUUUGAAAGUUCAAAAAUAGACUCUCAACAAAGAAAAUAGUAUAGCUUGUUUAAAUGAGCCCAAUGACCAAUUUGUGUUUUCUUUUACUCUAUUUAUUUAUUUAUUUAUUUAUUUAUUUAUUUAUUAUAUUUUUUAAAAAAAAAGAGUGAUGUGAAGUAUGAAAUUGUGCUGUUAUCAGUUUUAAGAGUUAAAAAGCAUGUUAUAUUUAUUUAUUUAUUCAUUUUUUAAAGUAAAUUUGUAAAAGAGUUUCAGUUUUAACAAAUAUCCACUCACAAAUCUGUAUUUUACUAUUGUUAUACCAAUCCUUUUUACCUAGUUUAAUAUGAAUGUGUCCUUUUUUAAGGAAUUUUUUUUA